GGAACUACUGCAACCAGCCAGCCAGGAGACGCUCGUUCAGGUCUCAGGAUGAGGGAGAGGCACGUGUAGGGAAGGUUUAUAGAGGGCUGUGUCUGAUAUGACGUCUCAAGGGCGUGAGAGACGCGUGUAUUCUGUUUCUCAUUCUCAUUUGUCCCACCUGGCUUGUUUUUAGGAUGAGCUGACUAUAUGUGCAGGUAAACAUGAUGUCCGAGGAAACCCAAAACCGAGAGCUUGAGGAGGACCUGGAGUCAGAAGAGGGUGAUCUGGAGUCCUAUUUGGAGGAGGAGAGCAGCAGCGAGCUCCUAGAGCGUGUCCGGGAGCUUCAAGCUGAGAACUCGGCUCUUUCCCUCGCCAACGAGAGUCAAAGAGAAGCUUAUGAAAGAUGCCUGGAUGAAGUAGCCAAUCAUGUCGUCCAGGCCUUACUCAACCAAAAGGAUCUUCGGGAGGAGUGCAUAAAGUUGAAAAUGCGAGUGUUUGAUUUGGAGAGGCAGAACAGAACACUGUGUGAACUCCUCCAGGAGAAACUGCACAAUCAGUCAUGUGUACAUCAGCAGACUGGGUCCUGCUUGGAACACAUUUCUGAACUACCGCACACUGAUUCAAACAAACAGAUUGAAACUCAGAGGAAUGCACAGUCCAAGGGAAAUGGAGAGUGUGCACAAACUUGCUUUCCUGAAACCCAAAGCUCCACCACCUCCAUGGACGCCUUAUCUCCUUUUCUGAAAAAGAAAGCACACAUUUUGGAAGUCCUGCGUAAGCUAGAGGAGACGGAUCCUUUACGCUACCAUCGUUCCCCCGGCAUCUCCUCCCUCUGUGAAUACAGCCAAGCUCUGGUCUCUAAGGAUGCUGUAUUGGCUUGUAGAGACAACUCGCCCAGGUGCAAUGUGACUAAAACACAUUGUCCUCAUUCUUGUACAGACGUUUGUAUUUGUAUCAAUGGAGCAGAGCACAAUAGUGUGAAGUGCGGAAGCUGCAACACAUGCCUGAUUCUUUCCAAUAAGGACUCGAUCAGCCUUGCCAACAGUAGCCGUAAUUGCUGCACUUCAAAUGCCAUUACGAUUGACAACCUCAACCUGGCUCCGCCCGAGUUUCAUAAGAACCAGGACUUGCAAAGCCAUGUGAGCCAUGUGAAGAAUGCUACGGGUACUAGUGAACUCUUAGUAAUCAGGAAGUCUGCCGAUUUGUCUGUACUUCAGCUGGAAAAAGGUCUUGAGCCAUCAAAUGAACUUUUAUCAGGAGAAGCCCCUGACUCUUACUCUAACAUGGCUGCACCUGAAAGAGACCGUAACAUAGUCCCUGAUCAUGCACCAGCUAAUGCCCUUGCACUGUCAGAGAAAGAGACUAAAGAUAAAAAUAGAAUAUCCGAUGUUUUAUUGAGCUCCCAAUUAUCAAAAAGUGGGUACACCACCAGUGAACAGAUUAGUCAUGAGAGUACAAAUGACACAAGUACUCUGGAAACAGACUUUAAGCACUUAAAAACUGUUUCAUCACAGAAGCUUGAAAAAGUCACAGAUAGUGAAGAAUUUCUGCAGAAAGGUAACACUGAGCCAGUCAAUUCCAAGUUACCUACACUUGGUCUGAAGGACAGUCUGCCAGACACAUUUAGUGAGGUAGAAAGUAUCGAACCUGUGCAUAAAGGGCUGCUGUUUUCUCCAAAUGAGAACCACACAGCAUCAAGAGUACUAGAUGACAUAUGUGUCCCUGUGAAGGACAGCACAGCACAAGACCUUCAAGCUGAUGGAUCUAAACUUGUUAGCCCCAACCAGGUUUGUAUUAGAGAAGUCAAGUCCUCCCCUUCAAAGUUGCUCAAGUUUCUCAAGAUCCCCACCAUUGGGGAGCGCGCUCCAGUAGCCAAUCCUCCCCGGCUAAGCCCUCAACUAUCACGCAGCUCAAAAAUCCCUUGUCGCAGUAACAACUACGAGGUGCAACAUUCACCUGUUACUGCUCGCAAAGCAACCACAGCAGAAAGGCAAAAACAGCCAGCCUGUUCCAAAUCUGAGCCCUUUUCAUCCACACAUUCUGCUCCAACCUCUCCACCCCUGUCUGAUGAUCCACCUCCAGUGGUGCCAAAAGAACUUAACUGUGGCAUACCUAAAAACAGUCGAGGAGGAAAACCUAUACAAAAUGCCCCCUCACAAAGGACACCGCAGAAAAUACCACACUAUGAAAAUAUUCCUGAUGUCUCUAAUACUAGUGCUUCAGACAUAUCCCAGGUUCUUGGAGAGGUGAGCUCUGCUCUUCGGUAUGCAAGCUCUAACACAGAAAAAGUUAAAGGAAAGAUAGGAAGCCUAGGUUUAGAAAGGCCCACAAGUUUUAAAUCUCAAAAGGACACUUCACUCGGCUCUGACUUCUCAGACCAAGAAGAGAGCCCAGACAGCCCGGUAUGGCAUAAGCAAGCCAACCAUCGCAGUUUGCCUAGUCAGUCUUCUUCACAGAAGUCACAGAUAAGUGGUAUGAGGUCCAGAAGCCAAGAAAAAAAUGAGUUGGUUAAAGACCAAGUACAAAGUGCAGGCUCACCCAUUAAAAAGAAUGAUCCACCACCCAUUCCCAAGAAGACAGGCGUGGGCAGACACUCAGGUGAAUCCAGCCAUUCCUUUAAAGAAAGACUAGCUGCACUUGGCAAGCUAAGGAACACAGAAGAACCAGUUUGCUCACUGGUGACUGAGAAAAAAGAAAUUCCUUCACGAACCAGCGACAAAAGCAAAACUGCUGAAUAUAAAACUGAAGAAAGUAAACUUUUAAAAAGUACAGAUUCUGUUGAAGAAAAAUCAUACGUUUCAGGUCAUAUGGAUGGGGCUGUCUCAAAGCUUUCUGACCCAGGCACCAAAUCAAUACCCAUAAGCUCUACAAUCUCUAAGCUGGAAAGUGAAUCAUCUAGAACAUCCCCUGCGAAACCAGAAAGCCCUAAAUCCAAAAUGCCUGCACUAUCUCCCAACUUAGAAGCUGCACAAGCUUUGCGUAGUUAUGCUAAAAGUGCAACACCACAAAGUCUUUCAUACAGCGGGAAAAACCUUUCCAGUCCCCACAGUAGCAGCCCUAACAGGAUACCUCUAAAAUCUCCCACUAAAACUGUACCACCAUCUUUGAAUCGAGAUGCGAAACCAAACCUGGAGGUUCCACGAUAUUUGUCAAAAUCUGAAGACAGAAACCAAUCCCGCGCCAGUAAGAAGAAAAAUUCAUUUGGAGAGAGCCUUCCUCCUCCACCUCCAAGGCCUGCGGAGUCGGUCGAAGAGAAGAGACACUCGGCACCAAGCCCUCAGUCCUCGAUUGAGCAAAAGGUCAUGAAGGGCAUUGAGGAAAACAUGCUGAAGCUUCAAGAACAGGACAAGAGUCAAGUGCCUGAAGUGAAACAGAAGGCUUCCAGUGGUAUUGCCAACUGGUUUGGCUUGCGUAAAAGUAAGCUGCCAGCUCUUAAUCGGAAACCUGAGGCUUCAAAAGGCAAAGAUGAUAAGAGAGAAUGGAAACUCAAUAUAUCCUCAGGGGGAAAGGAUUCUAAAGUGGCUACUAAAAAGCCAGAGACUGAGAGCUUGAACAUAUCCAUGUUAAUGGAAAAAGCGGAGGGGCUACACAAAGCCCUGGAAGAGGAGCGUGCUUAUGUGAAUGGUGUUGCUAUGGACCGACAAGGAAAGGGGCAUUCCUGUGAGGUGGUGAUGGACCAAGCUCAGGGGCAGAUGUCUUUAAUGUACAGGGGUGUGCCAUCAGACAGCUUCAUGCAGCAGCUGCUUAACCGGGUGGAUGGAAAAGAUGUUGGAGGUAUCGGUGCGGCUCAUCGACGCUUAUCAUUUGAUUGUAAAACCAGGCCUGUUUUUAGCCAUCACAGCAAAAGUGCCGUUUGUCAGACCAGAAGUAGUGAUGACAUGGAAAAGGCUGCGUCUUUAAUGACCAAAGUGGACGGUGUCUCAGAUGAGAACCUGGCUGACUCAAUUCACCACGAGCACUUUGCAGGCUCUGGAAUUUCCACACACACCCUGGACAGUGGUAUUGGCACAUUUCCUCUUCCUGACUACAGUAUGAACGCUGGAUGUAAAAGUAUCCCCAAAGGGAAGGCCCAAGGGGAGACCGAUCCUUCCUUUCCUCAGGGAAGACAUGGCUCAGGGAUUAAAAUACCCCACAAGGCCUGGACUCUGGAAAGAGAGCUGUCAUCUUUAGAGGAAGAUUACAUCAUGGGACAGGAAAUCGAUAGCACCCCACUGGAGGGCAAGCUUGCACCCAAUCAAGUUGCCAACACGGGUCAAGAAGGUGCUGAUGUCUGUGGCAGACCUGUAAGAUCUGGUUCCACAAAGAACUGGACAUUCCCCAACCUCAAAGCAUCAACAGAGCCGUCCGAUGUUUAUCUUGGAGUGGAGGAGGCCUUAGAUUCAGUGAACCAGAAGAGCUCAUUUAGGAGGCGCUCAAAGACUACCGAUGCCCCAUUCAGGCGUGACUGCGAACCCAGAAGCCUCCCACAGCCGACUCAGGUGCGCCGAGGCAAGGCACGUGCUCCUGUCAACCCAGACCUUGGAAGAGAUUCUGGGUUAGAACUGGUGAGAGAGAGGCCCGACGACACACUUUCCCCUGGCCACCCCCAGGUCCUAGAGACCCCCGAGUCCCUUAGCGACUCUCUCUAUGAUAGCCUGUCCUCCUGCGGAAGCCAAGGCUGAGAGGGAGCACCGGUAGCUGAGUGGAUGGGACCGUCAGGUACCAACAUUUUCUACACCUUAACGCUGGUUAUAUCGGGCAGCAUUUGUUCUUAAAAAAGUAAAAACUUUCAAGACAACACGCUUUUCGGCACCAGAAGACGCCCACUAUGUGUUCCUUCAAGAAAUCACCUUUUUAUCCGAGAGUUUCUACUGGAUAACAGCCGGCAAAUUGUGGACGCGUGUGUGGUGGGUUUAAAGGAUUCACCAAGUUUCCACGUUUUUAAACCAGUCUUACACAACAUUCAUACUGAUUCAGGUAGUAGCAGAGUAGACAUGUCGCCUUUGUGUCAUUGAAUUGUUUGUAAUCUUUGGACACUCGAAACCAUUAAGUCUUCCAUUUAAAAAAAAGAAAAAAAAGAAGAAGAAAUCUGAGAACGUUUUGGAAAUUGUCUCUACAUGUACAUCAGUGCACAUCAUUCGUUGACAUAACAUAGUUGUGUAAAGUUAUUGCAAAGUGAACCGUGUAUAUGUAUGUGAUUUUUUUUUUUUUUUAAUGUUUAUAAUUUAAUAUACAUAUUUUAUGUAAGGAAAAAGGUUCUUUUGUGUACAAUUUGAAUCAGACACUGACUUCCAUUGAGUCCAUUAUGUGUUAGGUGUCAAAAACUUGUAGCAAUAAUAAAAGUACUAUCCGUGUGUGAUAGCGCUACAGUGUUUUACAGUGAAUUUUACUUUGCAAGUAUUUAUUAAUUUUUUUUUCUUUCAAGAGUGUGGUAAGACAAGACCACAGUAUGCUGGUUACUUUUUGUAGCAUUCGUCAUUCAAUUUUUUUUGUGUGUGUCCGGCUGUUUGUUUUUCACUAUGAAGUCCUGAAUCGGGCAUUUCACUUUAAUAUAUACACUAUAUCUUGGAUAUAUUAUGUUGGAUACAUAAAUUGAUCAGGUUAUUUAACAGGUCAAGAUCAUUCUUAUCGAAUGGUCUCGGCCCUAGUCUUUAGUUUCCAAAACACCCUUUACGUUGAAUUUGUUUCUACAGAAUCAGUGUUCUUUUUUUAAGUGAAUUACCCUGUGAUGUUGUCUUGGCAAAUGACCUUGUCCUGUAUCGUACAUGUUUGCUCCAUAUUUCCUACUUUACCACACACCACCAUAAACAGAGCAUUCUGACACCUUGUGUGGACAUGGCACAAAUUAGAAACACACUGUACCAUUUCUGACAGGUUGUGUAAACAUCAUAAUGACCUCCUUUUCAAAUGCUGACAUUUCCAGUCUAAUGAAGUCAGCUCUGUCUGUUCCUUUUGACACUAAAUUUAAUGAGUGAUUUAGAGCGUUGCAAAAACCACAUAAUUUUCAUUGUAAAGGAAUCCUUAGUGAAAUGCUCCAUGACAAAUUAUGAUCAGGUCCUUAAAAUUAUUGAAUUAAACAAAAACACAAAACUACUUCUCAAACACUAUAGAGAGAUUACGUUACCAAUCAUUCUCCUUUUGUUCCUUUUUGUUCAAAUUUGUGUUCUCAUGUAAUCAACUCCUGUGCUCCUUGUAGGAUUUAUUCCAUUUCUUUUCAACAGUUUUUGUUGUAAUGUUCAGGACUAUUUUAUAUUAGUUUGCUAUGUUUACAAAAGAAUUUAUGACGAAGCUGUUAAUAUAUCUGUAAACUUUUUAUAUUAAGGUGCUAUCGGAUGUUUUUUCCACUCAUCUCUGCAAAAGCCAUAAACCUGUUUUUGCAUAAUCAUCUUUUUAAGCAAUCGCCAUCACUCAUGCAAUUAAAUAAAAUGUUUUUAUGCAGUUUG